GUACUGUGUAAAGAAAAUCGCCAUUUUAGUUCCUGAAAAGAAAUUUCCCAUAAAAAUCAAUGAGAAACCCGGGAAAUAGAUUUUGAACACAAGGGCAUUCUCUCGAAGCUGUUUGUGAAUUUUCAUGGCUACUUCACCACCACCUCCACCACAACCAAAAGGUGCUGGACUACUCGCAAAGCCUCCUCCUCCUCCUCCUAUUCCUCCUCCUGGGAGCAAAAAUAUAGCACGCAGCAAUCCGUCAACUACAGCUCAACUUGCCAAUAAUACGGAAUCUCCAGUGCCGCCGCCACCUCCUCCGGUUUCAACGAGUGGAGGAAGGGCAACAGCGGCUCCACCGCCACCUCCUCCACCAUCUUCCAGUGCUGGAACGAAGAGUGUCCCUCCUCCACCUCCGCUUCAAGCUCCAAAAAGUGUGGCAAACGUAGCAACGCCUGCUCCACCGCCACCUCCUCCACCAUCGUCAAGUGCCGGAACGAAGAAUGUCCCUUCUCCGCCACCGCCUCAAGCUCCGUCGAGUGGUGGGAACGUAGCAAAGGCAAUACCACCUCCUCCUGCUCCUCCAAAUAUUGGAAGCUCAAGUGCUCAAACACAAGUUAUAGAAAAUUCAAAUCGGCAACUACCACAAAAUUCGUCUAAAGUUCAGGUAAGUUUGAUAUGAUUAAAGAUAUUGUACUGGAUGCCUGAACAGCAUCAAGCAUUCUCAUUUCGUCUCGGCAGAUAUUUCAUCAUCUGAAAUCCAACCUGCAAACCCAAAUCAG